UCUGCUUGCUAUAUAUACCACCACCCAAGAACAUGACCACACGUCAAUCUUUAAAAAAAACAGAGCAUCACCACACCACUCUCUCUCUCUCUCUACUGUCUCUCCAUGGGGACUGUUGAUUUGAAAACUCUCGAAUUAGAGGCUCCAUCCUCAUUAGUCAAGAAAGUAUCAGAAGAUGAUGAUUAUCUCAUCAACGAAGACGAAGUAUCACCAAUCGAACAGGUCCGCCUAACAGUACCCACCACUGACGACCCGACCCUCCCAGUAUGGACCUUCCGAAUGUGGGUCCUGGGUAUAAUCUCCUGCGGACUCCUCUCCUUCCUCAACCAGUUCUUCUCCUAUCGGAGGGAACCACUCAUCAUUACCCAGAUCACCGUCCAGGUCGCAACUCUCCCCAUCGGACGGUUCAUGGCGGCCGUGAUCCCAUCCACCAAGUUCCGGAUUCCCGGGUUCGGGGCCAGACAAUUCUCUCUCAACCCGGGUCCGUUUAACAUGAAGGAGCAUGUUCUGAUAUCCAUAUUUGCUAACGCUGGAAGCGCUUUUGGAAAUGGGUCUGCUUAUGCUGUUGGUAUUGUCAAUAUAAUUAAGGCCUUUUAUGGAAGGAAUAUCUCCUUCUUUGCUAGUUGGCUUCUUAUCAUCACUACUCAGGUCUUAGGAUACGGUUGGGCUGGGCUCCUAAGAAAAUACGUAGUGGAACCGGCACACAUGUGGUGGCCCAGCACCCUUGUCCAGAUCUCCCUCUUCCG